AAAGUUCUGUUUACAAACUUUGUCUACUUCUAAAUCACAUUUAGAAGCUCGAGAAUCAAUUGCAGAUAUCUUUGGAAUCUCUGUGUGAUUAUUGUUGUUUUGACUAUCCAAACCGCUGUCGCCGUCAUGGAACCGCAAGCUCCGUCGUUAAAUCCUAAGCUCCGUCUGCUCUGUAGCUACGGUGGCCGUAUAAUGCCCCUCCCACCGGAAAAAUCCCUUCACUACAUCGGUGGCGAGACGCGGUUAGUCGUCGUUCCACGUGGCGUCUCCUUUCUCGACUUCUUCAAGCUUCUCUCCGACAAGCUCCUAUAUGGUCGCUCCUUCUAUCUCAAGUACAAACUCCCUGGCUGCGACUUCGACUCUCUCAUCACCGUCUCCGAUAACGAUGAUCUACAGAACAUGAUCGCCGAGUAUGAUUCCACACGUUUCCGGCGUAUCCGUCUCUUCCUCUUCCCGUUAAAUCACGUCGAGUUAACACGACCGUCCGUGACCGUUAAUCGGUUGCUAGGUCUAGAAUCGCCGAUCUUCACCUCUUCAUCUUCCGUUCUUUCCAGCCCGAUUUUCCCGCCAAAGAAUGGUCCGGUACAGUUUGUCCAUAGCGAUAAGGUCGAAGCAACCGCGGCAGAGGAGAAUCGGAGACAGGAAGAGGCGGCUCCUACCACGUCCGCCUCUAUGUUGCCGCCAGAAAAGACCGCCUCUGCUGAUGAUGCGGGAGGAGUUUCAGAUAGAGAAACAGAGAUAGUAGAGAUUCAAGACCAGCCACGGCCAAUCGUUCAAGAGCCUUUGCCGCAGCAGCAGCAGCCAAUGAUAAUCUGCUAUAUACCAGUCUGGCAGAUGCAGCCACAUAUGGUUAAUUAUCCAGUGGCUGCUUAUGCAUUGUCUCCGGCUACAGAACAUUCUCCUAGGUUAGAUCCUAUGCCGGAAAAUCAGGAAAACGCUACCUGAAGGGAGUUUCUUUCACGCCAAGGUAUCUUUCAAUCCUUUUGAUCAGCUUGGGAAUUAUAUAUAGCGUAUGGAACACGUUAGGUCGAUCUCUAUUGGAUCGGUAUCGUUUGUGACUGAUCUUUCUUUUCAUCAAGCACGUUUUGCAACUUAAGCCAGUAAUCUUUUUCUUUGAUAAAGAAGGCUUUGUCUU